AACCACCGUCCUCGCCCCCGCGUUCGCGUGUGACGAAUCGUUUAACCCCGCGUCGCGUUCCGCGGCGAUCGUGCGUUGGAUCGCGAUCGCGUCCCGCGUACCGAAACUCGCGGGAACCGGACCUCCUCUUCCUCCUCCUCCUCCUCGUGGCACGCGAUCCUCCGUACGCGCGUGUGAAAGUCCGAAUCGAUGACACAGUGCGCCGAGUAAAAGGAUCGAGAAUUCGGGGGAUCCGUGCGUCGUACAAGUGCAGUGCGCGACAACGUAGCCCAGAUCAGCCGAUUUUUAACGCCAGUGACGGAAGCGGUGCGCGAUCACAGGGCACGAACCCGCGUGGCCGUUCUCUCGACGACGGAUUCAUCUUUUCGGUCGUAUAGAAAAAGGUCGGGGAAGGCUUUUCUCGUCGCUGUUGCCCCGGGGUAGCCAGCGACGAACGCGUGCAAGCGUUUGAUCGAGCUUGGUGGACCGUCGCGCGGCAAAGUGACUUCCGCAAAGUGCAACGACGACAACACGAUACAACCACGAGACGUGAUCGUCAGCAUCAAUGACAAGCGGAACCAGUGCAUCGAAUUGAGGACAAUCGCCGACCUCUCCAGCGCUACGAACAAUAGCUGUACCGAGCCCGCGGACGCCAGCAAGCAGAUUCUGACCACCAGUCUGACGCGUCACUAUGCCGCAGUGAUGGAGGGCGAGGGCACGCUGGGCCGCGGGCCCGGAAACGGGGACCGUGGACUGCGCCGUCAACGGUCCCUAGAAUGGCGAGAGAGGCGCGGUUACGGACCCAGUGCCCAGUCGAGCAGCGACGACGAGGAAAAUACACGUCACGCCGUUGGAGCUGCCUCCGUCUCGUCCGCUGUGAGAGGUGCCCGAAGUCCGGGCCAGGUUUUCGCUUCCCUCUUGGCGCAGCAGUAUGGAAGUGUCGGUGACCGUUCGUAUCGCACUGGUUCGGACACGGAGGGCGCAGCGACCACCGAUAAUCCGACGACGCCGUUCCCGACGCCGCCGCCAACCUUGACGCCGAAUCAUCGCCAGGCAUCGCCGUUUCCCCUCGAGAGCACCAACUCUCGCCGACAUCAUUACAACGGGAGCAUAUCAUCGGAGAGAUCCCGGAACGGUAACUGCGAAACGGUGUACGCAGCAUCGAAAAAGACGAACACCGGGGGUGGAACCCUGGGACGAAGAACACGACGGGGUCACGCUAGUGCUCUGAGCAGCAGCUCGACGGCCAGCGACCGCUCGGAGACCGUCUUCCCCGACGAGCACACUCGCAUGCAUCUCACCAACGGUCUGCCCAGGCCUAUUUACUUCACAGACACGGGUAGAGAUUCACCGCCGGAACCAGCGCCACCGGAAGUGCCGCCGCGUGGCCCGUCUCUCCACGCGACUCACACUCUGCGGUCGCAACAAAGUCGAAAUGGCUGUCCACCGAAUGCAACGGGAAACUUCGCUGUGCCAACCGAGCAAAUGCAGACGGAGAAAUAUUCGGAGUACUUGAUGUCAGGAAGUCCACGGAGCUAUCCGGCACGAUCCCCAGGGGUUGCAUCCACGCCAACGGUGACCAGGUGA